AUGAGUGACGCGGCACAUCACCGCUGGCGUAUUCUAGUGAGCUCUAAUCGAGGCUAUGCUCGUGAACAUUCGCACGUCCGUUCAUCAACAUUUAAAGUGGCGGUUCUUCUCUUAGGGCUAGCAGUGACAAUCUUGAACGUCAAAGUGUUUCCACAGUCAUUUCAUCAGUACUACUUCAUAUGUAUACUAACUUUCCAGCGAAGUUGCGUCCGCAAAGAUGCUCGCCAUCCUCGAGCGGUCCCACAUCAACUCGAGCCUGCGAGUCGUGUCGAGCGGCAAAGAUUCGAUGCAAUCGUCAGCUUCCUUCGUGCCAAGCCUGUAUCAGGCGUGGUAAAGAUGGUCUCUGUUCCUACCCAGCAAAUGUGCACCAGAGCCCAUCUUGCGAGCCGUGCCGUAUCGCCAAACAACGAUGCAGUAUUGAACCACGCACGUGCAAGGGCUUUCUUGGAGGAAUGUCCCAAGAGACUCGCAUUCGUAAAACAAGCCGCCGAAGCUUACAAGCGCCAUCGAUUGGGCUGGCAUCGUCAGAUCAAAACGAACAGGUCAGUAGCUCGAAGCAUGCGGCAACUUGAACUUGGCUGA